UCCAGUUGGUGAGCCGGCGGUAGUUACGUGGUGACGUACCUGAGUGCUGCGGUACUGGGGCAACUAUGGCACUGAGACCGUGACAGAUUGUCGGCAAACACCCCUCUUUAACACCGCUCAGAGUCACGGGGGAAAAAUAGAGCACCAGUUAAACUGAUACUUGAGAAGAGUAUGCGAGCAGAUGAUCCUAGAUCAACAGACGGUAUUUGUGUGGCUUGUACAUUGAAUUUCAGUAACAGCAAUUUUCAGCAGGGGUGCCCAAACUUUUGCAUGCCCCUAUAUGUAUUUAAAACUGAGUGAUAAAGAUUCUGUUGCAAAAAACACUACACCAUGAGUGAAAUUAACAGUGAAGCAGGAUUCUAUAGUGUACAAGUUGGUGAUUCCACCUUCACGGUUCUUAAGCGAUACCAGUCAUUGAAGCCCAUAGGUUCAGGGGCACAGGGAAUUGUUUGUGCUGCAUUUGAUUGUAUACUUGAUGGAAGUGUUGCUGUUAAGAAACUCAGCAGGCCUUUUCAGAACCAAACUCACGCCAAGAGAGCUUACAGAGAACUUGUUCUUCUAAAAUGUGUAAAUCAUAAAAAUAUUAUUAGUUUGUUGAAUGUAUUUACACCACAGAAGUCUUUAGAAGAAUUCCAAGAUGUUUACUUGGUUAUGGAGUUGAUGGAUGCCAACUUAUGCCAGGUUAUCCAUAUGGAGCUAGACCAUGAGAGAAUGUCCUACCUUCUUUACCAGAUGUUAUGUGGUAUUAAACACCUUCACUCAGCUGGCAUUAUCCACAGAGAUUUGAAACCCAGCAACAUAGUAGUAAAGUCAGACUGCACACUGAAAAUUCUAGAUUUUGGACUGGCAAGGACUGCCUGUACUAAUUUUAUGAUGACCCCAUAUGUAGUGACACGAUAUUAUAGAGCACCUGAAGUUAUCCUAGGAAUGGGGUACAAAGAAAACGUUGAUAUCUGGUCAGUGGGGUGCAUCAUGGGAGAAAUGCUGAAAGGUUCUGUGCUAUUCCAAGGCACUGAUCAUAUUGAUCAGUGGAAUAAAGUCAUUGAACAGCUAGGAACCCCAUCUGCAGAAUUCAUGAAGAAAUUGCAGCCAACUGUACGAAAUUAUGUAGAGAAUCGGCCUAAGUAUCCAGGGCUUGGUUUUGAAACGUUAUUUCCAGAUUGGGUUUUUCCAGCAGAUUCUGAGCGAGACAAGUUAAAAGUAAGUCAGGCCAGAGAUCUUCUCUCAAAAAUGCUAGUGAUUGAUCCCGACAAGAGAAUUUCUGUGGAUGAUGCCUUACAGCAUCCAUAUAUUUCCGUCUGGUAUGAUCCUUCUGAAGUAGAAGCACCCCCUCCACAGAUAUAUGAUAAACAGUUGGAAGAAAGGGAGCACACUAUAGAGGAAUGGAAAGAAUUGAUUUACAAAGAAGUUGUGGACUGGGAGGAAAGAAAUAAGAAUGGUGUUAUUAAGGAACAACCCUUACCUUCAGAUGCAGCAGUGAAUAACAACAACAGUCCCUCUCAGUCUUCCUCUAUCAAUGACAUAUCAUCCAUGUCAACAGAGCAGACCUUGGCUUCCGAUACCGACAGCAGCCUGGAUGCUUCAACAGGACCACUUGAUGGUUGCAGGUGAUCAGCCUCCUGACUUCAAAAAUGAGCAUUAUCAGAAAGUAACUACAACUGUUAUUCUUGGCUUGAGUUGCUUUUAAUUUAAUGAAACCCCAUUACAAUGAUUAUAUAUACAUAUAUGUUGCAUGUACCACAAACAUAAUGCCUGUGCUUUACUGUAUGAUUGCCUGGUUUUGGUUACAAAUAAGUCUUGUAAAAUUUGAAAAGGAAAUUUAUAAUGCAAUGUAUAUUUGUGCAAACUGCUCUUAGCCCCAAAUUCAGAUGAGCAGAUGUGGGAAAAAUGUGAAGAAUAUAAAUGUGUGCAAAAUAUACCAACACUUCGUCCUCAUGAUCUCACACAUUUGUUUAAGAUUUAAGUGCAUUCCAAAAGUAUGUAAAGGAAGCAACUAGCAGCCCUUCAUAUUUUCUAAUCAUUUCUUCACAUGUUCCGUAUGUUACUGGUAUAUUAAUGAGCUCUAAAGAUGCAAUGUUGUGGACUUCAGAUCUAUUACGUUAAUUAUUUAAGCAAUUAUUUCUGGUAGUAGAAAGCAAGAUAAAAGUUUUUGUAUGAUGUUGGUCUGAGCUUUUAACUUACUUUUCAUUGGCUAGAUUAGAAUAAAGAUCCAGUUUAAGACCUUGUAAAAUGGAUUUUCUAAUUGGUCGAAUGAUAUACUUGUAAUUUAUUAGGCAAAUUUGAUUGUCCAAGAUGACCAAGAAGGACAGAACUCAGCUUCAUGUCUAUAGUUUAAACGGGGGGGGGGGGGGG